AUGAAGACCACGGCCAACCCCGGCCCCGUUCCCCUGCUUGCUUUCGCCCCCUUGUUUUCUCUCAUCAUCACCAUCUGCUUUAUCUUCUGCUUCACCACGAACUCCACCAACCUCAUCCCUCCCUGUAUUUCCCGCCCUCGAUCCAGCCGGCCACAGCGCCUCAAUCACCAACCCCCGAACCUCAUCCGCAUCCCUAUGCCCAUCCCCCUCCUCGCCGUCUCCAGGCUCACUGGGGAAGAAACAGUACUAGGCAUGCGCGUGCACGUGGUUGGUAAAGAUGAGGCUGCGCGCCGCCGGGCCCAUGCCGUCCGCCUUGUUGCUCAGGCCCCGGCGCGACCAUAUGCCGAUGAAGCCGGGCGGGUAGAGCAGGUAGUGGAAGACGGUCGGGAGAUCGAUCGCGUCUCUUGCAUCUGCAUGUGCCUUCAUUCACCUGUUGCCCUUCCCGCAACAAUGUCGUGGCCUCAAAGCCCGUCGAAGGCACCCAAUUAUCGCAGGCAAGCCUCCACGGUUCCCGCCGACGCACUGAGUGUCUUGCGGUAUUGGCCACCACUCGAUGAAAGCCCGUCGGAGUUCCCUAUGUCUGACGAGGCUCCGAGCUCUACUGUACACCUAGAGUCUCUUGGAGCGAUCGCCGCAUUUAGAGCUAUGGCGGGGCCCCUUGAAACAGGGGAAAGACCCAAAUCUGCCUUGCUCACCGUCAAUAAGCAUAAGUGCGACUCGAUGCAAUGUACCGUGGAUCAAAGGGAGCUCACCAAGCACGUACACAUGCAGCCGCAACACCAGGGAACGUGUUUCACGAAGAAGGGUUCUCUUUGCUCAAGCGAGACUCUGCGCGAUACGGAGAAGCAUUGGGUAGGAUACGACGAUGCUCAGGCGAUGUCAAUAACAACGGACAUCAACGCUGGCCAAUCUGCCCUAUGCCCUCUGCUCGAUUUGAGCAUCGUUGCUGGCGUCACUUCCAUCGUCAAUCCCGCCAAGAAUGCCGAGAUACUCCCCUUCUCAAUCAGUGCCCAGAACUUCGCGAAUUUGGCCACCAAGUCGGCCAAUGACCCCAAAGACAAAGGUUCCGUCUUCGGGACCCCGUCCGCCACAUCAGACGGGCCCAUCAAGAAGGACUCGUCCCUCGCCUCAAUCCAUCAAGGUGACCUGUCGAUCGUGUACGGCCUCGAGACGCUUACUGUCACCAGCGGAACCACCACGCAGACGGUGGCCGAGGUGGCCCUCAUCAGCCGCGUCUACCAGCAUUUCAAUCUCUUCGCUGAGGCGACCUAG